AGUGACUGAACGUACCUUCUUCUUCUUCUUCUUCUUCUUCGAGUCGCAGCAAAAGAAAUAAGAUGGGUUACAGGACGGUGGUGAUGUACAUAGAGAUAGGCUGCUUUGCGGUCUGCGUGUCCGGAUGGAUCCUGGUGUGUUCCACCAUGCCCACUGAGAUCUGGACCUGGUCUGAGGUGGGCAGCAUCGUCCUCACCACCUCCAACUACUUCUCCAACCUGUGGAAGGAUUGCGUGUCUGAUUCCACCGGUGUGUCUGACUGCAAAGGAAUCCCAUCUUUGCUAGCUCUCAACUGGGACAUUCACAUGUGCCGAGCCCUCAUCAUCACCGCCAUCAUCCUGUCGUUCUUCGGCUCGGUGCUGGUCAUGGUGGGAAUGAAGUGUACCAAAAUUGGGGGGUCCGAGCUCGCUAAAGCAAGAGUGACCUUUGCCGGCGGGAUGAAUUAUUUCAUUGGAGGUUUGUGCUCCAUGACAGCUUUCUCCUACUAUGGAAACAAAAUAAGAGCAGAAUUCCAAGACCCGAACUACAGAGAACAGAAGUUUGAAAUAGGUGUCGGUGUGUUUAUCGGCUGGGGGGGCUCCACCUUGCUUGUGGUUGGAGGUCUCAUUUACAGUAUCCUCGCAGGGAAGGAAGGAUGCCGGUCAAGCCCUGAAAGCGACGCUGCUUACAUGUUCCCUGAUCCUUACGUUGCUUUACCGCAAAAGAAGAAGCUACCUUUUACGGAUAUCAGUGAUAGCGCUAAAUCACAGAUCAGCAGCAUUAGUAGUAGUAGUAGUAGUAGUAGUAGUAGUAGCAGAAGUAGUAGUAGUAGCAGUAGUAGUGGAGGCAGCGGCGCUGCAGCAUCAGCCACAAACGCAUAUGUGUGACCUCGUGACGCAGUUUCGCAUGUGACCCUUGACCUUUCAUCGUCAAAAAUUUAUCAGUUAUGACUGAUUUUUUUUUUUUUUUUUACUUCCCCUCUGAGAUGGAAUUAAUUCUGAUGCAUUCAUGUAAAUGUCACAAAAAUUGUACUAAUAAACAAGGAUUAAAAUG